AUGUUUGGAGAUGCAACUUCUAAGUCUCCUCUUGGAGUGUUCAAGAACUAUCACUUGAAAAUUGGAGAAUGCAUCAUCCAAACUGAUCUCACUGUCAUGGAGAUGGAAGAAGAGAAGGAUCUACCUCUGCUAUUGGGAACCCCAUUCCUUAGCACACCUAGAGGAUCAGAGUUUGUGGUACCAUUCAAAGCACUCCUCUUAAAUCCAAGAGUCCUGAAGUUGCUAAAGGUUGUGAAGGAAAAAGUUGAAAAAGAGCCAAGAGUUGUGAGAGAUAAGGUUGAGAAGGACAAAGGAGUUGAUAAAGGACCAAGGAUUGAGAAACCACGCCUUGAGAGACCUAGACUUGAGAGACCACGAUCUGAUAGGCCACGAGCUGAUAGACUUGUUCAAGCACCAUGUGUCCUUGAUGAGGAAAGCCUCCAAGCUUUGUUUGAUGAGCCACUAGGAAGCGCUCAAAAAGAAGGGGAGGAUGCAGCCUCAAAGGCACUUGUGGGAGAGAAAAGAAAGAACCCACCAGCUCAGGUUUCCUCAGCCAAGCCAUCUCAGCUCACUAUGACCUUGUUUCCCACCAAAUUUGAAAAUGGAAAGAUUGAGUACAAGAUAAGGUACAAAGGGAGAUCAAAACCUGAUGAUAGGAUAUUGUGGUGUGAUAAGAAAUGA